AUGGUCCUGAAGCAGAGUUCGACAAGCAGAAGGCCUUCCGGGGGAUCCAGCAGCAGAUCGACAAGCCGAACGUUAGGCGUUCCCUCUGCCAGCCACAUUAGUAGCGCCUCAGCCACCGGAAGUGUUCGCGGCCGUGAUAAGCCAUCUACGGCGUCGGCCAAGGCAACAAACACAAAGGAUCCUACUGAAGCUGGUAGAAAUGUCCCCAAGAGAUCCAAGAAACCUUUGGACUCUACGGCAAAGUCGAGGCUAGGGAAGUCGGCAGACUCGUCCAAGAAUGCAAACGUCUUCCUACCAGCGGGACAGAAGAUGGCCCAGUUAAAUGGGAGUAUCACCUCCUCCAGCGCUAAGCCUCAGCCACCGGUAUUAAAGCCGCUUGACCAGAGUGACACGCUCCAAGUAGCCGCCCAACUAUACUCCUGGUUAUACAUGAAUAAUAGCUUGAAGAAAGCCCACGAUUUCUCGAAUGCUGCAGCACGGGAAGCCAUUGAGAGCUUCCGGCGGAGGUUACAAGAAGAAGAGUCUGACAUUUCGGAUCGACAUAUACGCUUCGAGGCUGAACGGUUGAUAGCCUUCCUCGAGGAGUUAGCGUCGAGUGAGAUCGCUGCAGAUGUGGCAUGGGUAAUACGGGGACUCAUGAAGCACGAAGAAGAGACUACUCCUUUACUCGCCGAAGCUUUGACUUUGGCAGGACACGGAGUCAGGAACAUCGACUAUGUUUCGCCCAUGCAUCGGCUCAAUGACCUCCUCAGUGACUUGGCACGCUUAAGAACAAAAAGUACAACUCUGGAGACGGCGCUGCACCGCAUCCUAUCAAGACACCACCGAGAAGAGUCGUACCUGAAGCCGGUUCUCCAAGCAUAUCUGCCUGUUUUGCAUGCGAGAGCCGAUAACUUAGACACUGCCACUGAACUCAUCCUAGAUAUAAAAGAAAACAUUGGGAUGUGGUUGGAACGGGAAAGUCUGGUACUGGACACCGGUGGAACCUAG